AUGCCCUUUCAAAACAGUUCUUCUUGGACAAGGAAACAGAAAAUGAUUUUGACAGGGGCGAUAGUGUUGUUUUUGGGCACCAUGACUGUUUUUGUGAUUAUUGGACUGCUCAGGUUUGGAAAGAAGAAGACUCCCGCUGCAGAAGAACAGCAGUGGAAAGGCAAAGGGACCACUGAACACCUGAUGGAAAUUGUCCUAGGAAGAUGUUACAACUUCAUCAAUACAAUAAAUUCUGAACUCAGAAAUAAAGAUUGUCUCAGAGUAUGGAAACUAUUUGAACAGGCCUUUCUGUACAAGGACCCAUGCAAUGUGACCAUAGAAGAUUACCAGCCUUUAAUGGACCUAGCAAGAUAUCCCAUACCAUGCAACAAGUCCUUAUUUUGGAGCAAAACAAAUGACCUGGCACAUCAUUACACGAAAACAAAUCAUGAUUUCCUCACCUUAGAAGAUACUUUGCUAGGCUACAUAGCAGAUGGAAUUACCUGGUGUGGAAAUCCCUCUGAUUCAGGAGUCAAUUAUGAAUCUUGUCCAAAACGGACUGAGUGUGAAAAUAAUCCCAGUUCAGUAUAUUGGAAAUUGGCCUCUAAAAUGUUUGCAGAAGCAUCCUGUGGAACAGUCCAAGUGAUGCUCAAUGGGUCAACAGCGACUGAAGCAUUUAGAAAAAGCAGCAUUUUUGGCAGUGUUGAAAUUGUUAACUUAAACCCAGAGAAAGUUUCCAAGAUGCAGAUUUGGCUAAUGCAUGAUAUUGAUGGACCUCAGAGGGAAUCUUGCACAGGGCCUUCCAUUGCACAAUUGAGAGAGAUCUUGGAAAACCGAAAUAUAAGUGUCUCCUGCGAAGACAAUUACAGGCCAGCACAGUUACUUCAGUGUACUAGAAAUCCCAACCACAAGGCCUGCACAAUUUGUUCCUGA